GAAAAUACCUCCAGAGUGAGACCUCUGUCGUUUUUCCUUCUCUGUUUAGGCUGUUUCUGUCUGUAGUCAAAUAACGUUGUGGGGAGAAGGUAAUUUUUGUCCAAUGCGCGUGCCGUGACGUGACAUAAUGGAACGUAACCGUGUAAAAACGCUCGAGGCGGAGCGAGCAGCGAACAUUCUGCUACAGUUGAUCGGGCUGACGGCAGCUCCAGGCUCAGCGAGGCAAAACAGACAUUUACCCGCAGAUAUAUCUCACACCGCAGGUCAUUUCUGAGGGUAUGGACAGGACACCGCUCUGAAGAAGCGUCGAGCAGGCUACCAUUAUCAGCGAACACUCGGAAAUAAUGAUGAAGAAGGACAUCAAUCUGACCCUGGUGGACGACGCAGACCUCAAACCGCAUCUCCGCGACGCCGAGAGCCUCCUCAACUCCCCCGAUCUGGGUCUGCUCAAGCUGGCGUCUCCUGAGCUGGAGAGGCUCAUCAUCCAGUCCAACGGACUGGUCACCACGACGCCGACCAGCUCCCAGUUCCUCUACCCGAAGACAGUGACGGACGAGCAGGAGUUCGCCGAGGGGUUCGUGAAGGCGCUGGAGGACCUACACAAGCAGAACCAGCUGAACGGAACUGCUCCGGCUAACGGCAGCCUGGACCUCGGGGCGAACAUUCCCCCGGUGACCAUACAGCCGGACCUACCGGUGUACACGAACCUGAACAGCUACGGCAGUGGGCCGCUGGGAACCACUGUCAACUACUCCACGGACACUGUUCCCUUCCCGCCCCCUCCGUCACAUCACCUGGGGGCAGCCCCGCUCCAGCCGGAGCUCUCCCGGGUCCAGCCGCCGAAGGAGGAGCCCCAGACGGUACCCGACGUCCAGAGCUUCGGGGAGAGCCCGCCGCUCUCUCCCGUCGACAUGGACUCGCAGGAGCGGAUCAAAGCCGAGCGGAAGCGGCUCAGAAACCGGAUCGCCGCCUCCAAAUGUCGGAGGCGCAAACUGGAGCGGAUCUCACGGCUGGAGGACAAGGUGAAGACGCUGAAAACCCAGAACACCGACCUGGCUUCCACCGCCAGCCUGCUGAGAGAGCAGGUGGCCCAGUUAAAGCAGAAGGUCCUCACCCACGUCAACAGCGGCUGCCAGAUGUUGCCACACGAAGUCCAGGUCCACUGACGGCAGAACCAGACCGGAACCGCCGAACAACUAAUAAGCUCCACAGACUUUAAACGUGUUGGUUCUUCUGUAUCGUAUGUAGCCCCCGAUGAUGCGCCCCAUUCUGCCAGGCGACGUCAGCCGGCCAUCACUGAGCCGGCCCGAGGCAAUGCGAAUCAAGCAGCUGUUAAAGAACACUUAACCUAUAAGUCUUAAAUUUGUGAGUCUGUUUAUUGUGAGUUGACUCAUUUUAAAUAUUUCAGAUGGUGUAAAAUUUAAUUUGAGACUCAAAGGAACUGGCUAAUGUUCUAGUUGUAAAUACACAAAGAAAUUAUUAACAUAUUCACUACUUAAAGCUGCAGUAUAAAUUUUUAUAAAAUAAUUACUUUUACAUAUUUGAUAAAGCUGUCACUAUGUCAUGAGAGUAUGGUAUGACCCAGGUAAUCAGAAAAAAUUGAGCUCCUAGAAACAACCAAUCAGAGCCAAGAGGUGGGUUUUAGCGCAGUCAAUCACCCUCCAUACACGGCAGUUAGCAUAGCCUGUUGUAAAUGCUCAAGUUAGUUAAGAGGGCUGAUAAACAGUUUUUUUUGUAACAAUAAGUUGCUUCACUUCCAUUAGUGAAUACAUAAGGUUGAUUGUCAGCGCUAAGACCCUCCUCCUGGCUCCAAUUGGUUGCUUUUGGACGGAAGAGGAGAGACAGCAAUAGUAGGACAGGGAGGAUCUUUUUACAGCUUAUCUGUCUUAUACCAAACUGUAACAACAUGGUAACAGUUUUAACAAAUAUGUAAACAAAAAACACAAAAAAACCCAUUUGUUUCAAAAGCUGCAUACUGCAGCUUUAAAUCUACCAGGUUAAGCUUUUCUAUUGUUUGUGUCUGAGGUGGGCUCACAUUUCAUGCACAGAGUAACUGUUUGCUAAUGAAUUUAAGCAAAAUUUCUGUGGUUGCUUUUAAGCUUUAGCCCUUUAUUUCUGAUAUUAAACCAAAUCUGAAUGGGAACUCUUAGUGUUUCCUGGUGGGCGUAACAGGAAGUCGGCAUCUGAACCAAAUUCCACUUGGGCUAAUCACUAAUGCUACGUAGGAUUGGUGAAACGUAAGCAUACGAGGUAGAAAAUAACUCAACAAAAUGAACUUUAACAGUGUUAUUGACCAAACAAAAGGGAAUAAUGUUAUCCCUAGCUUUUUCUUUAAGUACAUAUCCGUAAUUAAAGGACUAAUUUAUUAGGUUCCAACCAGAACGAAGAUGCCUUCUGCCUAAUUUGGAAUCCUGUUCUACCUCGUAUGUGUGUUUGCUAGUGGGAGAAAGGGGAAUCUUUUAAUAGUUUCCAGUUCUUUAAAGUGUUUACUUUGGCUGUAUACAGUCUCAAAGCUGGACGAAAUGGAUAUUUCUACACGAUUAUGCACAUUUACCCUCAUAAAGGAGGUGGUUGUAGGAAAAAAAAACUUUCGGUUGGUAUGAGAUAAUCUCAGUAUAUAAUCUAUUUACUCUGUAUUUCUGUAGGGAAAUGUUUGCAUGUAUUGGACAAACUCGAAUGUUGCCCUCAGCUGUGUGGAAUGGGGCACAAGUUUCUCUGUUUUUAUCUUAUUUACCUUUACACGUGUGUAUUUUGUCUAUUUUUUUACUUGGGCGUGUCUGUAUUUCAGCGUGUUUCUGUUAAAAAUUAAUGUGAAAAGCCGUAACCUUUCUGUUGCUAUCACCUGUAGCUUACGGUUAGUUUUGGCCUGAUGCUGUCGUGUUUUCAAUUAAAAUGCUGCUCAGCAAUCAACA